CAGUGGGUGACUGUUGUAAACAAAACGCUGUACGGGAAGAUUGUAUACGCAUGCAUAUUGCAUGGAAAAAUUAAUUAAUAUACGGACUGCUCGACACAACUUUUGAUUUAUGAGAGAAAGUUCCCUCAGGAACGCGUCGUUUCCUUACGACUUCCUUGCAUUCGGCAAAGGACAACGACGGAGCCACGAGUUAGCGUGGACGAGCAUGAAAUAACGUGCGAAUUUGUAAAACGCUAAAACUUUCAAGAAAUAUAUUGCAGCGAGAUUUCAGGUUGUAACCUGCCGCCGAUUGAAACAACCUAUCGAUUGGUUGGCAAAGAUGAGAAGAGUAUAACCUCAAAGAUUUCGUCUACGUUAUACUUCCAAAGAUUCAUUGUAAACAAUCGCGUGUACGUUUACUUAAGAGUUAAAGAUGGAUCAAAUGCUUCCGAGUCCUGGGUUCAGCAUACCCAGCAUUGGCACACCUCUGCAUCAGCCAGAGGAAGACCAGCAAAUCCUGCCAAAUGCCCUGCAGCAACAGCAGUCGCAGCAGUUCCAGCAGCUGCAGCAGUUGCAUGCGAUGAGCCCUAAUAUGCCAAGCGGUAUGCUGAUGAUUACGACACCACAAAAGAAUAUGCACACGUAUGCCCCAACGCCAACGUUUGCAACACCACAGAGUCUCAUGCAGCCUCAAACACCGCAAAAUAUGAUGUCUCCGAUAGUACCACAAAAUAAUCAAAUAGCACCACCAUCAAUAGGCCCUGCGACCCCAGGACCAAUGACACCAAUGACUCCGGCUUCCGCGGAUCCUGGAAUAUUGCCACAAUUGCAGAAUAUCGUGUCUACCGUUAAUCUAAGUUGUAAAUUGGAUUUGAAGAAAAUAGCUCUUCAUGCUAGAAAUGCUGAAUACAAUCCGAAAAGGUUUGCGGCCGUUAUAAUGCGAAUAAGAGAACCAAGAACUACUGCACUGAUAUUUAGUAGUGGCAAAAUGGUUUGUACUGGCGCCAAGAGCGAAGGAGAUUCACGUCUUGCAGCCAGAAAGUACGCGAGAAUUAUCCAGAAAUUAGGUUUUCCAGCAAAGUUCCUAGAUUUUAAAAUCCAAAAUAUGGUCGGUAGCUGUGAUGUUAAGUUUCCAAUUAGAUUGGAAGGUUUAGUGUUAUCUCAUGGGCAGUUUUCAUCGUACGAACCAGAGUUAUUUCCAGGUCUAAUAUAUAGGAUGGUCAAACCUCGAAUUGUACUGCUCAUAUUCGUCUCAGGAAAAGUAGUAUUAACAGGUGCAAAGGUUCGCAAGGAAAUUUAUGAAGCCUUUGACAACAUCUAUCCAAUACUGAAGAGCUUUAAAAAGCAAUGAUUCUACAUAGCGUGUUUUUUUACAAUUGGGUAUAAUUUGUUUUCCAACUCUUUGUCAACCAACUUUAUUUCUAAUAGAUUAGUUUUGUAAUAUAAAACUGUAUACAGAUAAGCAAACUACUACAGUUAAUCCCGUCAUGUGUUGAGUUGCACAGCAUUGUUAAAUAUUUCUUUAGUUUAAUAUACAAGAUAUCUCAAAAUGGAUAUUCUCCUCUGCAGAUCUUUUCUCAGUUUAUGAAAUUCAUCUUUAAUGAAAAUUUGACCCAUAAUUUUGGAAGAAAGAUCUUCAAAUUAACUGAAGAAACUGUAAAAAGAAUAUCUACUGAUUUUGGAAUGUAAUGCACAAGUCAAUUAACACAUAGAUUAGUUAUAUAAUUUGUAAAAUAUUUCCAUUUCUUUACAAAAAAUAUUAAUUUUUUCAUGUUUGUAAAAAGCAAAUAGUGUGUACAAUUAAUGUAAUCAAUUUCGCGUUUUCAUUUAUUUUCCAAAUUAAUUUUUUAUUUGUUUUUCAAACCAGUCAUUCAAUUAAUUGAUAAUGAAAAAUAGAAGUUCUAAAGGUACAUCUAUGUGUACCUGUAAUCAGAAAUUUCUGAACCUUCCCUUUGCCUUCCUCAAAGAUAAUAAUAGCACAUAUAAUUCUGCAUUUAUAAAAUAGUAUCUUCUAGCGAUACAGUGCCUCGAUUAAGACUAUAUGAGUGAUCCAUGUACAUACUUUAAUUCAUUUUCAAUUUUAACUCUUAGCAGAUACUAUGAGUUUUCUUAGAUUCCGUCAUAAAAAAUAUUAUCAUGAUUAUAUAAUAGAGAAUAUUAAAAAAAUACAUUAUAAAAGAUUUGUUAUACAACAUGAUUACAGUAAUGAUUAUAUGAAUAACAUAAUUGUUAUGACAAUAUUUCUAAUAAAACAAACUUUUUUAUUUGAAUUCUUUAAAUACAGAGAUUAUCUGUUACUAUAUACUUCAAUAACAUUUAUAAUAUCUACUGAGAGUUAAUUAUUGUCAUGUGCUCUUGAGAAAAUUAUUGUAAUACCAUCGAAGAAUUUUCUGUUUAAUUAUUAAUUAUUAAAAUUUAUUUGAUACAAGUA